AUGUAUGCCGAUGGUUUCGGAAACCUGUACCACCCGAAGCUCGCCGGAUUCUCGUGCCGUGACAUUCCACGAGAUUUGGAGUACAACAAUCGGAAACUGGUGCAUCACAAUCAUCAGGGAAGACGGAUCAAGAAGAAGCGAGAGCGACUCGUUCUGUUUCGAGGAGUGCAAAUUGAUGGGAGACAGAUCAAGAAGCCGGUCGGACCGAGUGAGAGAAAAAGGUGUAGUUCGAAUAAUGAGAGCCGAGAAGAGCGAACCGUCAAGUGUCAUGAGCAGUGUCUUCCUUCGUUUCCAGCGUGGGCGGGUCAAGUGGAGAGUCUGGAGAGGAAAUUGAAGAUUGGAGGCAUGGAGGUCACUUUGAAGGAGGUUGCAGAGGCUUGGAAGGACUGGACACGAGAAGCGGCGUGGGCGUACUUGAACGGAAAAGAGACCAGGUGAGCCGCGAUUUGUAGCAACACAAUAGUAGUUCAAAUUUAGAGUCACACACGUUGUCAAGGCCCCAUGGAGUGCUAAUAUCGCGCAGAACAUUGAGAAAAUAAGUGAUCAGUUGAGGCUCAACACAAAGAUUAUCACAAUGUUCUUCAAAAGUUAUCGACAGCGCUGUCUGAUCGACCUGAGCUUUCUGCUCAGCGAGAAGGGAAGAACGGUGCCCGAGCUGGAGAAGCAGCUGCACAACUUUGUGAAGGACACCAAAAAGAUAUUGUCGUUCGAGUGGCCGAUGGCGGUGGCCAAUCUGAUGCUAGACGAGGGUAACUCUUGGAUUCCGCUCUUCGUCACUGCCACGUCACACACUGUUUUCAAUGCGGUCGCUGCCACGAUGGCAAGGCUGCUGUACGACGUGGUUAUGGAGAACAUCACUCGUGUCAAGACCUUUUUCGAUGUGGACGAUCGUGCCAAGUUGAUCAUCAUUCUGCAGGAAGGCGAGGAGGAGUUCGACUACUGGCAAAGGAUCAACAUUCUUUUGGAUCUUUGUAAAAGUAAGAUCAUUUGUUCAUCACCGUAUUAAUUCUGUUGUUCAGUUCCACGCGUCGACCACAAAAUCUACCCGCGCAUGUUCGCCGAAGCGUACAUCGACGUCACCAAUUGGUUCGACUCGCAGAGCAUUGUGUUCAAACCACUUCCGCAGCCGUUUGAAGUCGUCAACGGCUCGGUUGUGCGAGUUCAGCAAAUGCUGGAUUCAUUUGAGAAGACGCCAGACGACAUGGAGUUUUGUGUGCGAAUUGCCGAAGAAAUAUUGCGGCUUCGGGAUCAGGUGCUCCAACAGAAAACGCGCGUUUUGAAGGAUUUCAUAAUUUACGACAGCAGUGAGAUCAAAAAACGGACGUUGGACAAGAUAUUGGAGCUGGAGAAACGUGUGAAAGGAAUUGUUCUGAAUCAUUUGUCGGCCAAAAACAACGCGAUUCGAGCGGUGUUCACGUCGUGCUCGGCCAAACUCUACAGGAACGACGUGCUCACCCAAUUGAGAAACAUUGAAGACGUUCAGAACGAACUGCCGAGCAUCAAGCAGAAGAUUGCAGUGGUUGGCAAGGCGUACAAGACGUACAUGGACUACUUUACGAUGCCCGACUACGACAUCAGGCAGUACUACGAGAUAUCGAGGCUGGGCUUCAAGCUGGAGCAGCUGGCCAACUUUGUGUGGGACCGCAUCAGUCACGACCGGCAGUGGAUCACGAAACAAGUGUCCGAGCAGACGUCAAAGAACUAUUACGAGUGCGAGAUGAUCGAGAAAGAGUGGUUGGACUGUCUGAAGAAGUAUCGGAGUGCGGUGCGGAUAAAUGAGGUGCAGAAGGUGCAGAUUAAGAUGCUCAAUUUGGAAGAGAGGAGUACGGUGCUCAAGGAGAAAGAUGAGCAGCUCAUCGGGCAACGAUCCCUGCUCGGACUGCCUUCCUCCCCAAUUGACUGCGUUCGAAUCGCCAAACUUUGUCAGUUCUUCUCAAGACUCUCGACUCUUCACUUCAAAACUCUUCUACAUCAUGAAUCAUGUUUGAGAAGUGAGUAUGAGUAAAAAAAAACAAGGAAACUGAUAUAACGCUUGUCAUUUCAGUGCGAAUCUCCGAUGUGGACCAUAACUCGUUGGUUUCUGAAACGGAACGUCUUCUAUCUGAAAAAGAGAAUGUGACGGAGAUGGCGCUGAGUGUGAACGAGCACUCCACAACUUCCAAAGAAGCCCUGAACAAGAUACAGCAUGUGCUCGCCGAGUUCGAGAAGCUUCUGCCGGUGCUCGGAGCGAUCUCGUGCCAGGCGAUGAAGGAUCGGCACUGGCAGCAGAUCUUGCAGGACACGGAGCACAGUCUGAAAGUGGAAGGGAAUCCGCUGGUCAGCGAGCUGCUCGAGAUGAAUUUCAUUGAGAAAGCGGAACAGUUCGAGCAAGUCGGCGCUCAGGCCGAAAAAGAGAGAAUCUUGGAGAUUUCGAUUGACAAAAUGAGAGAGCAGUGGAAGUCGGCCAAGUUUGUCACUCACCACGGCGGAGAGCUUCUGACGACCGAGCUGAACGUUCAGAUGCAGGCUCACUUGGCACGCAGCCAGACGAUCCUCUCAUCCCCGCACGCAUUCUCGAUCCUCGAUCACAUCCGUCACUGGCUCGACACUCUUCUCAGCCUCAACACAUUUGUGCAUUUGUACAAGCAAUGUGACGCGAGAUGGCGGAAGAUCGAAGGCGUCUUCUCGACGGAAGACAUUGCCUAUCAGAUGCCUCUCGAGUUCAGAACCUUCAAGAAGAUAUCGUUGCGCUGGGUGCACAUCAGCAAUCAGAUCACCGAAGAGCGUCCGAUUCUCGAGCAGAUGGAUUUGGUGCAGCAGCUCAACAUGGAUCUCUCGGAGCUCGAGGUCUUGUUCGGACGAAUGGAGAACGGGUUCCACGCGUAUCUCCGCAAGAAACGAGCAGUGUUCCCGCGGCUGUUCGCCCUCUCCGACGAGCUCCUCCUCUCUCUGAUCUGCGACAGUCGCGAGCCGGCCAACUGCAAAUCGUACAUCCCGCUGCUCUUCCCCGCACUCACCACGUUCGACCAGAACACCAAAAUGGAAAUCGUGUCGGUGUCGACUAAAACGGAGACUAUUCCUCUGGCGAAGCCCGUGAAUGUGAAUGUGUCGAAGAGGCACGUCGAGAAGUGGAUGCAUGAGUUGGAUGCGCAGAUAAAGGCCACUCUGAGGACGCGUACCCGGCAGCUCAUCGAGAAAAUGAACUACAAGCUGAGUCCGGUGGAGAGUGUGCUCGGCGAGCCCGUGCAGGUGGCUUUUGUCUACCUCAAAAUCGCGUUUUGUUGGCAGUUGGAGAACAGUUUGCGACAGAGUUCGAUGACGGUCCUGGCAAGCGAGCUCAAGAUUUGUCUACGAGAGUGUCAGCACAUUGUGAUUCAUAAAAAGGACCGGGCAGAGUUUCUACCUCCUUUGUAUCACAUUUAUAAGGCCGCCAAUCAUCUGGUAAACAAGUUUAUCAAUGAGCAAGUCGUGUUUAUUGACGAUCAUCGUUGGACUUCACAAGUUUGUUCUAGUUUCAAUGAAUUCCUAUAAUAACAAAGAUUCAGCUUCGAUACUACUGGCACAUGGAGAACAUAUUCAUCCGCGUUGGCACCGUGUCCACCCGCUACGACUAUGAGAUUCAGGACCUGGAGCACAUGCUCGACUACAAAUUGAUCGACGAAGCUGUCAAGUAUUUCGUAUUUAUGAAUCACUUUGGUCUCAACUUCCACGGAACAAUCGAUGCUCAGUUGGCUCGUCAAGUCGCCGGAGCAUUAGGAAGACCUUUCGCUUUUUGUGACUCGGAAAAGGAGCUGGAGAGCAAGAUGCUCAUCGAAGGAGCGCUUCUGUUCGGAGGAAUCGUUUAUAUGCAAGGAAGUGAGAUUGGAAAGCAGACGGAGAGAGAUAUGUACUCUCUGCAGAACCUGUCAAGUCUCAAGUACCACUUCGAGUCCGAGAUCACCAUCAACAUGUCCUGCAUGUUCUUUUUGUAAGUUGAAUUUUCAUAUCACUGAAACGUUUCAUCUUCCAGAACAUCAUCAGCAUUUUCGACGGCAAGAGCUCUUCAGCUAGAUCCCACCACUUACAGCAGAGCAGUCGAUGACGCGUUCUCACUAAACAGUGUCACUCAUCGAGAGAAGAAAGUUGAAAAAUUUCAAAUAAUUUGUGAACUUGAAAAGUAUACUGGCAACUCGAACAUUUCGAAGAAUUACACCAAAGCAUUAGUGGCAAAAGUGAUUGAGAAUGAAGCGAUCGAAGCGGAUGAACCCAUUGAGCAAACGUUCUUCACUCAAUUGAACGUUUGCAUGAGCAACAAAAACAAGAGACUUCUGGAGAAACUUCUUCAAAUCGCUCCCCUCAAGUCACGAAAGUCGCUGACUCUGUCACGAACGCCGAAGAGUUCCGAUGCUCCGAGAGCGCACGACGAUGAUCCUCCGUUCAUCAGACAGAAAACCGAAGAGCUGUGCGCACUUCUUCAGGACCAUCAGGUGGUUGCAGUGUGCGGAGCCAGUGGGACCGGCAAAUCGAGGAUCAUUGCCAGGGCGGCCAGACUGAAAUCGGCAGACAUGCAAGUGGAGUUCGGGUUGUGGGAGGACAUGCAAGUGUACGGAGAGACGGUGAGCACAGAGGCGGCAAAAUGGUUUUUAUCAUGGUUUCUACAAGAAAAUUACAAGUGAAUCAAAAGUUUAGGCCUCGAAAACCCUUUUCCCAGUCUAGACACUGACUACUAACAUUGAUUUGAAUGUUUGCAGUUGAAAAGUAUGAGACGGCCUAACAAAUGGAUAAUAAUCGAUGGGCACAUGGACCAGAAGACGUUGGAGUGGUUUGAAAGGAUCGCCAACCCGAAUACAAUGUUCCCCUGGCGAGAACUUCCCAUUAUAGCGCCAUCGGAAAGGGUUAUCGUGGAGACCGAUUGUCUGGAUCAUCAAACUUAUAAAAGACUGCCGAUGGUUUAUCUGGAGACUUCUGGAGAUUUCGCUCAAGAGACCACACUAGACGCCGUUGAAAGAGCCCAGCUGACUGAGACUAUGAAGUACUUCACAGAGUUUGCGGGCAGGCAAUUGGAAGUUAUGAGGAAGAUUGAGGGAUUGAAGUGAGUAAAGGAUUGGCGCAAUGAUAAUGAUUUCAGAGUGAAAAACUUGCAGGAAAUCGGUGACAACUCAAAGCGAUAAAGUGUUCAAUCACCUCCUUGCCACGUCACUUCUCACUGUUAUGCCAGUCCAACAACUUAUGAGCGGUAUCUUCAAAAGUCAGGAAGCCAAACUUGCGGAAUUCUAUAGAAGCGUUCCGUACUCGAAGGGAUGGUACACUUACAAAGAGCAAAUGAGUAUUACACCUGAGCAAUUUUACAUGAUCUAUUCCAUCAAUCUAAUCCUAAACUCCAACUUCAUCCCCCUUCUAAUCUGUCAGCCGAGCCAUGAGUUCGAAGAGUUCGUCGCACGCCUUCAGACCGAACUGGACGCUCUGGGAUGGCAUCCGAUCACAAUGUCCAUCGACAAAAUGGUCACUAUCGAGGAGAUUAACGCGUUUGUUGGCAAUUGUGCAAUCAUGUUGUUAGUUUUUGCGCGCAUUCGAAAUGUCUGUCUGAUUUUGCUGUUUUCAGUGGCGGACACGAGGUUUCAGAUGGUGACGGAGCAAACUUCUUUUUGAUCAAAGGCAUUGAGAAUGCGUCGGUCGAGGUGUUGGACUGGCUGAGAAACAAGUUCGAGCGGACACUCAUUAUGGUGAAAGAUUUGCGACUUGAAAGUACAUACUGCUAAUGUUUUAUUUCUAAAGAAAAUGAUCUUCAUCGUGUCUAAUACCACUUCAAUCGAAACAUUUCCCUCGAGAAUUCAAAAGUUUCUAUUCCAACUCAACUGGACGGAUAUUAUCAAUGUUCCCGAUUCCCUCACACUUUUCCCACUCGCCAAAUAUCAUCAGAUUCUAAAGAGUUUGACGAGAGAUACGAAACAGAAGGAAGUAGGCGAUUCUAUUCGAAAUCAACUAAUCGACGGUCUUCUGGACGCCAAGUUGCUCACCUUCUAUGAAAAAGUUUCGGAGCUCAGCACCACCGCUAGUGAAUAUAGACUAGUUAGAGGAAAUGCGUUUGUGGAGCCCACAGAGCUCUGUGCCAUCUAUCAAAAGUAAGUGAAGCUUUUCAAAAACUGAUAGUGAUAGGCGAGCAAUUUUCAGUGCGAUUCAAGAGAUGGAAGAUCGGGAGAAGAGGAUUCGAAUCGACCGAAUAGUCGUGUCACCGUCUGAUUCUAGAAUCUUCAAUUUGAUCGAGAAAGUGACACAGGUCAACUAUGGACACAUCGUCGUGGUUGGUGGCGACAAAAAGUUGAGGAACGCGCUCACGAUUUCCACAGAACUCAACAAGCAGGCGCUGGUCACGAAUCAGGGCAUCAAAAGAGUUGAGCAGUGGAGAGAACUCAUGAACGGAGUGCUCAGGAACUGUCUAAUCGACGGAAGGGACACCGUCCUCGGUCUUGAAAUCGGACCCGCUGAGGAUGAACUCGUCGGAGCCAUUCUGGUGGAUGUCACCUGUAUCUGUUGCCACAAAAUGAUUCCCCUCCGAUAUUUGAGCAGACUACUGCUCUCCGAGUUUGGAGAGAAACACACCAUCGAAGGAAAGGGCAUUUGGGAGACGCUGGAGGCGAGAUUGGCUCCUCUGAAAAUAGUGUUGGCUCUCCGGUCGUCCGACUUUUCGUGGCUCAUGAACUGUCAUCGGAUGCUGCUCUCCGUGCUCGUUCUGGUGUGGUGGGGAGAGUCUUCGAGCAAAGAGCAAGAGCGGGAGAUGCUCGAUGAACUACACAGCUCACAACUGUUCUCGAAGCUUCAAACAGAUCAGAUCAUAAAAGUGAUGGGCGAAAUGGUGAAUAUGAAGAUGAUAAGCACGAGGAAAGAGAAAAUGGACAUACUUUCGACUAUUAUGAAGCUGGCGAUCAGGAGGAGGGAAGAGGUGAAAGGGACGAUGACAAAGUACGAGAAGGGAAUGGAGAAGAUGAAGAGGGCCGAGGAGCAAGUGGCCGGGAUGCAGGCAGAGCUGCUCCGAUUGCAGCCUCAACUUGUCAGGACGUCGAUCGAGACUAGCAUGCUCAUGAGCACCAUCGAAAAGGAGACGAUAGACGUGGAGAACGCUAGGGAAGUGGUCGCCGCGAACGAGAACAAGGCGAACGAGGCGGCGACGAAGGCUCAGGCGCUCAAGGCCGAGUCGGAAGCCGAACUGGCGUCCGCCAUUCCUGCUUUGGAGUCGGCCGUGGAAGCUCUCGAAACGAUGACUCAAAGUGACGUGUCCUCCCUGAAAACAAUGCGAUUUCCGCCGUACGCCGUUCGACUUUGCAUGGAAGCGGUUUGUAUUCUGCUCGGAGUGAAGCCGGCCAAAGUUAUCAACGAAAUCGGCGAAGUGGUGAGCGAUUAUUGGGUCUCCGGGCAGAAACUCCUUUCCGAUAUUCAUUUCCUGGCAAAGAUUCGAGGUUUCGCCCGCGACACAAUGAGCAGGAAAACGAUGAAAUUGAUCCGAGACAAGUAUUUGUCGAAGGAGGAGUUCGACCCGGAGAAUGUGAAACAGUGCUCGCUGGCUGCCGAAGGGCUCUGCCGAUGGGUUUUGGCGAUUGAUAUGUACAAUCAGAUCAGUAAGAUUGUGGAGCCGAAACGAGAGCGGUUACGGAAGGCCGAGAUACUUGUGAAGCAGCAUUUGAAGCAGUUGGAAGUGAAACGAAAGGCUCUUCUGGUAUGUUACACUACUGUACAUCUAUGUACUACAAACAUGUUCAGAAAGUGACGGAGAAGCUUCAAGGACUGUCGGAUCAGUUCAGUCAAAUGUGUCAGAAGAAGCAAGAAUUGGAAUCACAGAUCUCAAGUUGUGAGGUCCGAAUGGAGAGGGCCGAGCGGUUGGUUCAGGCGUUGGGAGGAGAGAGGGACAAGUGGAAGAGCAAGAUAACGGACAUCACACACGAGGACUCACUCAAUGUACCCUACUCUGUCGGCUUCACUCUCGCGCUACACCUAUUCGGAAAGCUUCCGAUUGAUGAACGAGAGGUACGAUAUCAAAACAAUGGUGAACUUAUAAAGUAAACAGAAUUCAUUACAGAAAGAAUUGCAAAAAACGAUGCGUAUCUUGUUCCCAAAGCUCGAAAUCACGAUCCCUUGUGACUUGAAGUCGUUGGCGCUGCUCGUGGACAAUCCCAUUUGUUUCGUGAACGAUGACCACUGCUCCUCCGACUUCUUACAUGCUCAAUUCGCGAAAGUUGUGCUCGCGAACGAAUGGACGGAAUCCGAACGAGCGCAGUGUCUUGCUCCAAACUCUGUGCUCCUUUUCGAGUACUCUGAAGAGAAUAAGCAGGUGGCAAAAGAAGUGGAAGAGGCGGAAUAUUACAAGCAAGGAGAGCACGAGAUUGUGUUGCAAAUCGCAAAAACGGUGCAUGAAGUCAACAAAAACUUUCGAGUGUUCUUCAGAACACGCAGGAGCUCGACAAUUCUCAAGCACUCGAUCACAAUAAACAAUCGGUUUAGUGAUCGAGAAUUGAGACAUGAAGUUUGUGAGAAAAUGGGAAGCGCCAAUUGGUUCGAGACGCUGAGCCAUUAUAACGAGUUGGUAGAGUCCCGGGACAGCUAUGUUCGGAUGAUGGAAAGUAAGAUCUAGACUAAAAAAGGGGUCUGGUUGAAUAAAAGAGUUCCAGAAACUGAGAACGAGAUGCUCGAUUUGUUGGGCAGGUCGAAGGAUUUGGAUGACGAGAGGGCGAUCGAUUUGCUGGCAGAAGCUCGAAAUCUGCAAUCUACUGUGACAGCGAAGAAUAAGGAAUUGGCCGAGGUCGAGCAUUCCCUUCGUACCAUUGAAAACAAGAUGUCCGAGGCUAUAGACUACUCAUUGAAAGUUAUCAAAAUGUGCUAUUCACUUCAACAACUCGACCCAUUCUAUGCGGUUUCAUUGGAAUCGCUUGUAGAUGUUUUGGGAACUGUAAGUGAUCAACUAGUCAAUUAACGGUAACGGUAACGGUUGUUCAGAAGCUCACAGAAAACGUGUCAAACAUAAACAUGAAAGAGGUCAGUUACACCAUCUCCAACUUGUACUGGAACUCUCUGAAUAGUCUGCUGAGCUGGGAGGACAAGCUCAUCGUUCAUCACUUGCUCUUCCGCAACCUGAGCCCGAAUGUGGACGCUAAGAUAGAGGUGCCUCGGAAGAAUCCAGUCAGCUUUGACAGUUUUUCAAACUUCUCCUCAUUUGUCACUAAAUCCGAGGCAAAACAACUGAUUCUGCUGAAAUACGACGCUGAGGCCUACGCGACACUUUUACAAUUCGGACAGGUCACCAGAAAUGCCAACUGGAAAGUGUACUCGAUUCUGGAGCACGUGUUAACGUUGGUUUUCCACCUACGUCUAAUAAGAUGAUGUAGCAUUUCAGAAGAUUGGAAAAGUUGGCGGAUGAACCGAUUUGGUUGAUGCUUAACAUUAAUCAGAGUGAUCAAGUGACACUGAACAAGCUCAAGGCAAUUGUGGAAAAGUGGAAGCAACUUCCAGUGGUGCACUCGUCAUUCCGAAUCGUUUGUGCGUACUCGGAAGAAGUGCAGUGCUCCGACGAGAUAAUAUCGCUCUCAUUCCGUCGUUUUUACUUCUCCGCUUCUUCUUCUCUGGCCCAACAGAUUCGAAGGAUUCUCUGCAACCUAUCCAUCAGAACUUCAUUGGACAAAUCGGAAGAGUCGCAGAGAAUCCAGAUUAUCCGAUUGAUGGCGCUUCACUACGGAAUGAAGUUGCGUCGGAAGUUUGACAAAGAGUUUCAAGUUCCGGUGGACGACGCCGACUUGCUGGCGAUGAUGAAACUGUACCAGGAGCUGCGGAAUUUGAGCGAUCAACCCAACGAAGUUCAAGAUUCGAUGAAAGUCCGAACGAAUGUGAUUGAGCCGAUCUACUACGGGAAGACCAAUUGUCUGGUCAAAAGGAAUAUUAUAGGUGCAAUGGUUCAGUGGAUUGUCGAGGGAAAUCUCUCAAUCCCAGCUGACACACUUCUUCGGAGUGUCAUCAGAGACGAUCAGAAUAACUUUGUCAGUUGUCUUUUACAAACUUUCGCCUUGAUUGACGGAUUUUCAGGAGGAUUUUUCCAAUUUCAUCCAAUCUCACGACGACAGUAUACUUUGUGGAUUCAAUGCUCGCAUUUCGAGAGAGUAUCGUGAACAUUUCGAGCAGCGAAUGAUACGGAGAAUGAAGAGUUUGGUUGGAGCAAAAGAAGGAGAACACGUUGUUUCGAAAACGGAUCCAGGAAGAAUCAAGUAUGAUUUUUAAGGCGAUAUAUCUCUGCUGCCGGUGGAGAAUGCAAAAAGUUGUCAACUAAUACAUUGAUCACUAACAUAUUAUGUACAUUUUAUCAGUUGACUACUUUUCAAUAUCCCCACUCGCAACUGAGAUACAUCGCCAUAACUUCAGACCGCGAAGUUGUCUGCUAGAAGUGGAAAAAGGACAAAUGGAAGUGGACGGAAGAGAGCUUUCCAACCUCGCCGAGCUCGUUUCAUUUCUAAAGUUAAAGUUUUGUGCCAAAUACAAAAUGUCCGUGUCGGAUGUGACUGUUGUCGGCGAAUUCGUGGACGCGGAUCGUCCAAUCCACAAAAAGGACUUUGAGGAUAAUCCGAUGCUGAAAAUAACCCACUGUACACUGGUAUCGGCUCAUUUGGUGCAUGGAGAAAUUCGAGUGAGCUGACUGUAUUAUUCAACAACAAACAAAUGAAAUUAUUUUGCAGGAACCGCACUCCAGACAAGGGCAAUACACGACUGUUCUUCUGAGAACUUUGAGGAAAACGGGAACGUUGAACUCUAGAAGCCUGUCAUUUGUCUGCCCGGAAACACUGCAAACUGUCGUCCGAAUACCGUUUCAAUCACAGUUUCCAAUUGCUCAUUGGCAUCUCCGAGGAGCAUUUGUCACCACCGCCAGAACUGUUUGA